UGUAAUACGCAGGCGUGAAUUCCAAAAUACAAGCACCAACAAAAUGUCAUAUCGGGAUCUUAGAAACUUCACAGAAAUGAUGAGGGCCCUCGGGUAUCCUCGUCUCAUAUCUAUGGAGAAUUUCCGUUCACCUAAUUUCCCCCUUGUUGCUGAAGUUUUGAUCUGGCUUGUGAAAAGGUACGAUCCUAAUGCAGAUUUACCAUUAGAUGUAGACACAGAACAAGACAGGGUUAUCUUCAUAAAGUCCGUGGCUCAGUUUAUGGCCACAAAAGCACAUAUAAAACUGAACACCAAGAAGCUGUACCAGGCUGAUGGCUAUGCUGUGAAGGAACUUCUCAAGGUGACUGCAGUGCUGUACAAUGCCAUGAAGACCAAUGUGGUAGACAAAGAGGACCAGGAAGAUGAUAAUGAUGCAUCAGCCCUAUCAUUCGAUAUAUCAUCGAGGAUAGCUGAUUUAAAAGAAGCUCGCCGCUUGGCCACAGACAUCACAGAGAAGGGGGCCAAGUUGUAUGAUCUUUUGGGAAAGGAAGUUGAUCUAAGAGAGCAGAGAUCUAAUGUUAUAGCCAGACCUUUGGAAAUAAAUGAAGUGGAAAAGGGUCUGCAGGCAUCCAUCAAGGCUGUAGAGGCAGACAUAACAAAAACCCAACAGAUGAUAGACAAUGUUGCAUCUGAUGAAGCAAAUCUUGAAGCAAAAAUUGAAAAGAAAAAGAAUGAGUUGGAGAGAAACACAAAGAGACUUUCUACAUUGCAGAGUGUUAGGCCUGCCUACAUGGAUGAAUAUGAAAAGCUGGAGGAGGACCUGCGUAAAAUGUAUCAGGAGUAUAUGAUGAAGUUCAGGUGUCAGACCUUCUUAGAGGCUAAACUGGAGGAAUACAACCGAGCAGAACAAGAAAAGUUUGAGGAAUCUGAGGAAGCAUUAAGGAAAAUGCAAGAGAAAGUGAAAAAUGAAGAGAGGAAAAGAAACGAAGGUGGUUUUGACAUUGAUGAAGAUGAUUUCGAAGGCCUAGUCCAAGAUGAUGAUGGUGCUAGUGAUACUGAUGAAGAUGUCCCCAAAAGACCAGAGCGACCAGGACAUGGAGCAGGGAGAUCCAAGGAAGGCAGUGCAGGUGGCUCCAAAGGGGUACGUCCUGGGGGGAGUGGUCGCCCCAGGGUGACAGGGUCAAUGGGAGCAGAUCUCAGUGAUGAGGAUGAAGACGAGGAUUCUGAAGAUGAAGAUGACUCAGAUGGCCUUGAUGACCUUGAAGAUGAUGAUGAUAUGGAUGGUCCUGAUGGAGGGGAAAUGGGAGACACUGAUGAUGAAGAAUUUGGAUUAGGCGGAGGAGGAAAUCCUCGUAGAGGACCUCCAAAACAAGAUCCUGAUAGUGACAAUAGUGACUUUUAAUAGUUAAAAGUGGGAGUUAAAAAGAUUUGUGGAAGAUAUCAUAUUUAUCAAUAUUCAUCUGUGACUUUCCUAGCAAUCUUCACUAAGUGAAUGGUGAAAGAAACACAAAUUAUUAUUUCAUCAAACCAGAGGAUUGUCUGUGAUUUAAAAAAUGUUGUACUUAUAUCUUAUAUGUGUGUAUAUAUGUACCUGUAGAUUGUGUGUGAUGCAAUUUUGACUCUAUUCUUACUUCACUGAAAAAGUGAUGUAUAACCCUGCAACUUUCUUGGGGUAGUGACUCUAAUAUUUUCUAUGUGUAUUAAAGUGCAUUAAUUCCAAUUGAUAAUAAUAAUAAGUA